AUGACGAAGUCGCUGCUCUCGCAAAUUACUCAAAUUAAAAUCAGCAGCUGCACGCCAGCAUGCGCAUGCACCUGCAGCAGCAACAGCAGCAGCAGCAGCAGCAGCAGCAGCAGCAGCAGGAGUAGUCGUAUCAACAUCCGCAGCAGCAGCAUUAACAGCAGCAGCAUCAGCAGCAUCAGCAGCAUCAGCAUUAAGAACAGCAGCAUCAGCAUUAACAUCAGCAGCAUCAGCAUUUACUGCAUCAGCAUUAACUGCAGCAGCAGCAGCAACAGCAACAGCAGCAGCAGCAGCAGCAGCAGCAGCAGCGGGGGCAUCACUUUCAAUGCGGUCUCUGUCUCUAUACUUGAGGAGAGACAUAUCAAUAAUGUCGCUGAGGCCUAA